AAGCGAGCUAUGAUUGGUCUGAGUGCCGGAAGCGGUUGCUCAGCUGAGUAGUGGGGCACGUGACCGUUCUAAGUGAAAGAUGUUGACGUUUGUUCUAUACUAUGGCCGCGCCUAUUGCCUUCUGAACUUUUCGGGGUAGGCGUGCAGGAUACUGUUACAAUGAACGUAGCACCUCCAAAGCAAGAGCCUCAUCUUCCUCAUUGGGGAAAGAGUCCCACAUUUCUGCACCCUCAGGAAGCAGACUUGUACAAAAGAGGCUUUGUCUAUCAGCCAGAGAUGUGCAGAGAAAACUGUGGAUAUUAUGGGAACCCAGCGUGGCAUGGGUACUGCUCAAGAUGCUGGAUAAAGGAGAGACAGAAGCGUCUGACCUCUCCAUUAACAGACGGUUUCAGGCACCAUACAGGGACUCUUUUCUUGAGAUCAGAGAGGGAAAACACCAGUGAGCUAAGACAAAAUGCAAAUACAGUCAGGGUGGUGGCCAUCAACACAGACACCACGUAUGUACAACAUUCCCAGUCCACAUACAGACACUUUCCUACAACAGAUGUGACAGCAGAUCCUAGGUUCUUCAUUCCUUGGUCCUCCCUGGAAUCCAUGGCUAAAGGGGAUUUUUCAUGUUUUUUGAAAGCUUUGCGCAGCCAAGAUGCACAGCAACUAAACACACAGUGUACAAAUUUAAUUCAGAGGCUGCAAGAUGCAGAGAACUUAAAGCCAAACAAAAUGGGAGAGCAAGUACAAGACUUCUACCACAAGAUUGCAGAUCACUUUCCUGAUCACAUGCCCGAGGAGCGAGACCACUUUCUGGAUAACAUUGAAAAGCUAGUAAUGACCCGACUUUACAGAUCUGUAUUCUGUCUGGAUGGGUCACCAGAUGAACAAAAAGACCUGUCACUCCAGAGACGUAUCAAGUCUUUGAACUGGGUGACACCUAAGAUGCUUCAGGUACCGUUAGAUGAGAACAUUAUAGAAGUUAAAGACUGGAUCUUAUCUGCUGUUACUGCUAUGGUGGAGAUGGAUUCCAAGAGAGCACCGCAAGAUAAGCUGACCUGUGUUUCUAGGGCAAGCAACUGCCUCUUCAAAUCUAUUGGAGCUUCCAAGAAGGAUCCAGCAACAACAGAUGACUUCUUGUCUUGCCUGAUCUAUAUCACACUGAGGGCUAACCCACCCAGACUUGUCUCAAAUCUGGAAUAUAUCACCAGAUUCUGCAACCCAGUGCGGCUCACCACAGGGGAAUGGGGUUAUUGCUUCACCAACCUAUGCUGUGCCGUUUCAUUCAUCGAGACGUUAGAUGCCUCAUCUCUCAGCCUCACGCAGGAAGAAUUUGAUUGCUUGAUGAAACAGCACAAAACAGAGCUCAGCACUCCGAAUUUGGCUGCUCAGCAAAGCACUCUACAGCAGAUGCAACAUAACAAGAAGCUUUUGGCAGAGUUACAGUGUCGGCAAGACAGCCUGAUCCAGAGAGCAGAGAUCUUGGAAAAGGAACUGAGAGCCUGGCCUCAGUUAAUUCAAGGUGAAGUCAAGGCAAUAAUACACAGGUUCCCUUUGGACCCAUCACGUACUCCAAGCCAAAGUUAAAUGGCUGAAAUGUAUUAUUUGUUCAAGGAGGAAAUAUGGCUCUUCUUUCUUGAAACAAAAGGCUGCUAUACAAACCAUGUUAUGAUGUGGUUUCUAAUGAAGGAUACCUUGAAUACAUUAUUAAAUAUCAACAUAUUAUCAUGUUAUUGUGAAAGCUAAUUAACAAAGGUUUUCACAAAGGUGAAAAUUUAAAUCUCACAAAGCUAAUUAAACAGUGCUUAUUGCCUAUCCCUAUAUAUUAUAUAAAAUACCCAAGCCAUGUGUAGUCUGUAAACUAUACCCUUAUAAAUGGUGCUGAAUUAUUAUGCAUUACCUACCUAUUUUGACUAUAAGGAUAAGAGCUUAGAGCUCCAUAACCUGCUCUUGGUCUCUGACCUUGUGCCUUUUUAUGGUCAUUGAACUAUUUGCAGACUUAGAAUGUCCUAUAGGGAGUAUGUUAUUUUUAUAUUAGAUACAAAAGAGUGAGGCUCAUUUUACCAGUAAUUUAUCUUGGGAAUUCUGAAACAGCACAUCCAAUGUUUUGUUCAAUUAAAAUCAGCCAAAUUCAUGCAGAUCUCUUGAUACAGUCACCUACAUGUUAUUGCACUUAAGUGGCACUUCUGUGAAUGCUGAAAUACUGUAUUCACUAUCAAUAGUGUAGCUCCUUGUAACUAAAAAAACUCCUGUUCUUUGUAACCAUUAUUCCUGUAAUUAAGACAUGAAAAGGACCACAGUUUCCAUGGGGGUAAAUUCUGUGUCCCACUGCAUUUGAAAACAGUUUCUCCUCCCACCUUCCCCAAUCCAUUACAUAUAUAGAUGAUAAACACUAAAAGAGUAUGGAAAGAACUCAAAAAUAGCAAUAGUUUUACUCUAGCACUGUAACCUUGAAGUUGUCUAGUAGUAACUAUGCUGCCUGUUUACAUGGCAACAUGUGGGACAGAUAAGAGGCAACACACAAAUGGAUAGGGGUCACUUACACCCUGCUUAAAAAUGAAUGCACUACCACAACUGCACAUUUAUUAUAUAAUUUAGCACAAAACCAAAAUAUACUGCAGAAAUUAUGAAUUGGUUGAAUUGACAGCUGCUGCCACUGCAUUAUAAUUGCAUGAAGGAAUGGCAGCAACCUACUUUAAAGCACUUUUAUUUGGACAUGGCUAUGAUCCAGAUAGCAGAAACAUUACAUUAUUUAUUACGUUUAUGAAGCUGGUCGCGGCUAACGUCCAGGUGAAUGUGGCCACCAUGUGACGUGCCGAAUCCUGAUAUUUUUUGGGCUAGUGCUGUUAUUGAAUAUGGAACCCAAUAAUUGCCAUGUUUCAGAACUGUACCAUGACGGACUGUAAUUGCCUGAAGAGAGACUCCAAAAUUCUAAUAUGUUUAGUAUAUUUGCACAAGAUUCUAUUUAUGGAGAAUAAGCAGUAGAACAGUAACUAUAAGAAUUCCAUGGUUGCUACUAAAAUAUGUUACGGUACCUGAGUUGUUACUCUAACUGUGAAUUUGUGUUGUCUGAUUUUGCACCUUCGAGAAUUCCCAGCAGACUCGGAAAUAAACUAACACAGAAACUGUUUACUUUCCUUUAAAAAAUAAAUAUUUAUAAACAAA